GGCAUCCAUGGCCACAAAGGAUGACAGUUCAAUCUGGGAGCAAAACAAAAUCAUAAGUAGAGGUUUGACCCCUCCCACAGCUGUCCAGCUGUGCUACGAGAACCUGAAUGGAUCCUGUGUCAGAACACCCUACUCCCCAGGCCCCUGCCUCACCCUCUAUGCAGUCUUUAGCUUUGGGGCUGUGAUGGCUGUGUGUGGAAACCUCCUGGUGAUGAUUUCAAUUCUUCAUUUCAAGCAGCUGCACUCUCCUGCCAACUUUCUGGUGGCGUCCCUGGCCUGUGCUGACUUCUUGGUGGGACUGACCGUGAUGCCCUUCAGCGCAGUGAGGUCUGUGGAGAGCUGCUGGUACUUUGGGGAGAGUUUCUGUAAAUUGCACUCUUGUUUUGACGUAUCAUUCUGUUGUGCUUCUAUCUUCCACUUGUGCUUUAUCUCUGUGGACAGAUACGUCGUUGUCAGUGACCCCUGGAUGUAUCCCACCAGGUUCACUGUGUCUGUUUCUGGCGGGUGCAUUGCCUUGUCCCAGGUCCUGCCCAUCAUCUAUAGCUCUUCCCUUCUUUACACGGGAGCAAAUGCAGCUGGGCUGGAGGAUCUCGUGAGUGUCCUCACCUGUGUGAGGCGCUGUCAACUGGCAGUGAAUCAAAGCUGGGUCUUCAUCAAUUUUCUACUGUUUUUCAUGCCCACACUUGUGAUGAUAACUGUUUAUUCUAGGAUUUUCCUCAUCGCUAAGCAGCAGGCUCUGAGGAUUGAGAGGAUGAGCAAUCAGACUGCCAAGUCAGCAGACAGCUACAAGGACAGAGUGGCCAAGAGGGAGAGGAAAGCAGCAAAGACCCUGGGCAUCGCAGUGGCCGCCUUUCUCCUUUCCUGGCUGCCAUACUUCAUUGAUUCCAUCAUUGACGCAUUCCUAGGCUUCAUCACACCCACCUAUGUGUACGAAAUACUGGUUUGGAUCGCUUACUAUAACUCGGCCAUGAACCCCUUGAUUUAUGCUUUCUUUUAUCCUUGGUUUCAAAAAGCCAUCAAACUGAUUGUCACUGGCAAGGUCUUGAGAGAGAAUUCCUUCACCACCAACUUGUUUCCUGAGUAGAUUCUUGGUUUAGGUAAGGGGACUGAAAAGA